UUUCCAAGUCCUCCGAGCUCAACGGUCUCCAUUUUGUGUGAGGUGUGAAAGCCGAGCCGAGCGACGUCCCCGCAAAAAGGCAAAAACUAGAAAAGACAUAUAAGUCAAAGUUAGCCGACGAAUCGCUCGCUAACCAAGUUAUCAAUCGAAAGGAAAGCAAAUCUUAUCGUAUGUCCGCUAUCCAGAACCUCCAAACUUUUGACCCCUUUGCUGAUGCAACUAAGGGUGAUGACCGCCUCCCAGCCGGGACAGAGGACUACAUCCACAUAAGAAUCCAACAGCGGAACGGCAGGAAGACCCUCACUACUGUCCAGGGCAUCUCUGCCGACUAUGACAAGAAGAAGCUAGUCAAGGCCUUCAAGAAGAAGUUUGCCUGCAAUGGGACAGUGAUUGAGCACCCAGAGUAUGGUGAAGUGAUCCAGCUACAGGGAGACCAGCGCAAGAAUAUCUGCCAGUUCCUCAUUGAGAUUGACCUGGCCAAGGAGGAGCAGCUCAAAGUCCACGGCUUCUAAAAGCUGCAGAUCAGCUUUCUCCCCAUCUUUCCUGGAAGGCCAUUAAACUCCCCCUCCCCCUCUCCUUCCCUUCUCCUAUGUGCUGCUGUUGCUUUUCCUCCCCCCUCUCCCCACUUCCAGCCCCACCAGCUCCUGUUAGCUAACACGUGAAUUACCUCUGACAAAUAUGGGACUCUGUAACAUCACCGCCCCCCUACAACACCAGGGGGCAGGCUCGCUCUCUCAAAGACACACCACUGCAGCUCCACACAACAUCAGGGAUGAGUGGUGAUGACCCUCCCACACACACACUUCCUCCUUCCUUUUCCCCCUUGUUUAUUUCCUUUUUAAUUUUUUCUUUUUAGGUCUUGUGCCACAACAGGGAGGCACCGUUUCAUGUAACUUUUUGUUUUGUACUUCAAGGUGUUUCAAUAAAACGAUGAGUCUCCAUAUAU